CAUCAAUGCUACAGUUACAUUGCUUGUACUUUGUAAUUGUAGUUGUAUUUGUAAGUUGGAUAACUUUAAAGUUUAGUUAAAAUUCCUAUUUCAAGAAAAGAACAUGUACCUAACUAGUUAGAGCCAGGGGCGGUAUUCUGAAAAGAUACGACACCCUUACGAGUCGUAACUUUUUGUAUUCUGAAAAUUCUAUACGACUGUCGUAUCUUUUUGAGAGCUGUCAUAUCUCAGUUUCAUGAAUAAUAAUGCUCGCAGCCAAUGGAAAUGUUUGUUUCAUCAUUUUUAGGCGCAGAAUUGCAUACUAAAGAGGAAAAGACAAGCUCGGUAGAGUUUAAUAAACUUUUGCGCGUUGUCUGCUAGUUCUAUAUAUAUAUAUAGCUCUUACUAUUAUAGUUACUCUAUGUAUAGCUCUAUGGCUACAGAGCUUUUCGCGAGCAAUGACACAAACGCGUGUUUAACAUCAAAUUAUGAACAAACACGAAUCGUAAGUUACGACUCGUAAGUCUUUCAGAAUACCGCCCCAGGCCUACUAGUAUACCCAGUUAUCGGGUGUCCGGACAGGUUGGGUAUCCGGACAGAGGAUUUUAGAAUUCUUAUUUUGACUUGUCCUAGAUGCCUUGAAAUUUGUAUAAAUUUCUUUCAUAAUUUUCUUUAAUAAAAGUCUUGAAAAAUAUGAAUUUAUGAUUCAAUAUUCUAUAAUAAAUUGAGUAAUUCAAAAUAUAAAAUAUUGUGAAGCUCAAUAUAUUUAGUUCAUUACAUAUUUUAAGGUGUACAUGACAAUAUAAAAAUGUAAACUUGGUUCAAGUUCUGAAAACAAAAUAAUGUGAUUGAUCAAAUAAUGGAUUUUUGCAGUACUUAUAAAUAUAAGUAAACAAAUUUGUGAGUAGCGCAUCCAUGACGUCAUCAAAUUGGCAAUUUGUCUAGAAAUUUUCACUGAUUUCCCCAGUUUUUCAUAUGAUUAGUUGUCUGAUUUUCCUCAAACUUUUUUUGUUCUGUUCAUCUGAUUUUUCUGCUCCUGUUGAAAAAUUAUUAUUUUUGGGUAGACUCUUCUUUAGGGAUCCAGCCCAGAAAAACCUUAAUUGCUUCGGUUAAAAUCAGAAAAAAAUCAGACGUAGAGAUCAAAAAAGUUUGAAGGAAAUUGGACAAUAAAUAAGAAAGUUAAAUUAAUAUUUGCAAGACAUUAAAAAAUACAGACCUUUGCAAAUUGGCGACUCUAGGUCACAUGUUAUAACGUAUGUCAGGCACUGCUCUACAAUUUGCUUAUUAUAUCUUAUUGUUUUUAAAACCCGUUUUUGAACCCUUUAAUGCAAAAACAAUUAAUCUUUCUCGAUGAUACCCGUAUUUAUAAGAGGACCCAUUCAUGAAUUAAUUUUUGAAAUGUUUUUUUUAUAUUGAAGAUGGGGAAAUUUGAUUUUAUAGCUAAACAUUAUUCUUAUUAUAUGUAUUGUUAAUUAAAAAUUUGGCCCCCCAAAAAAAUCUCGGCAACGAAUGGACCGAUUGACUGGAAAAUUGGCACAUAUGUAAAACAAACAAGUCGAGUAGAAUGAGAAUUUAAAAAAAAAAAAAAAUUGAGCAUUAUUAUUAUUUUUUUAAUUAAUUAAAAUUUUGAAUAUGCAAAUUUUUGACGAAAUUGGGAGAAAAUUGGGAUUUUCGUCUAAAAUCAAUAGAAAUUACAGGAUUUCUUCAGGUUUUCUGCAAAAGUACUUUCAAAUGAUGUUAUCUAUCAUAUCCAAGUUUUUUAUGCUGUUGAAAUAUGUCACUAAUUUGCAUAAAUAUGCAAAUUAGUAUUCCCGGAUUUAUACACAUUGUUUUCAUUCUUAUGUAUUCUAUUGUUUUUUUGUUGUUUGAAUUUUGUUUAAAGAAGAAUUUAUCGCUCAAAUGUAUGAAUUCAACUAAUAACAAAGAAAUAAUCCAAAUUAUAAUUCAAAGUAACAAUAAUAACAGAUUUGGACUGAGUUUACAUGGCAUCGGAUAUAGGAAUUACAUAGAAACCUGUACAAAAAUUACAUUUUUUUGUGACGGACGAGCAAUUUAUCGACCUGUAAAAUCAGUUCUACAGGUCCGACCGGGGUGAAUUAUAUAUCAAAACAUGCGGGAGACUUGAGAGAAAAAUGUCAUGAAGUUUGAACGAGAAAUUCCAAUCGCUCUAGAUGCACGUCAAAAAAACAGACAGGGGGGGCCUAAAAGGCUCCCCCCCCCCCCCCCCCGAUGGGAUUAAGGUUAAGAUCCCCAUCAGAGGAUCAUUGAAACUUUAAAAACAGGUAACUUUUGAACGUAUUGUCAAAUCUUGCUCAAAUUUUAAGUUUGUUCAUUUCAUUUUCCUCAUUUACUGACAGGGGUAGCUUUGCCAUUAAAUACAUAGGUACACAACUUUUUGGGAGUGACUUGACUUGUAAUACUGUAUAAUCAUGUAGAACAUAGGGUCGCAUACAAAAUAUACAGGUUAGCAACAGUUGUCUGAUUUGCUGAGCUGAUUCACAUUUUUUUUUUCCUUCUUCUUUUCUUGUAGAUAAUGGAAUAGACAGUGAAGCGUUUCACCUCCUUGAUGAUGCGUCCAUCACUCAACUGUUUCCCAAACUUGGGGAUAAAUUGAAGUUCUCCAGGCGAUACAAGGAGUUCAACAAAUCCAUACAGGAUGACACUACUGUCACACUCAAAGAGGAAGAAAUGUUUGAUGUUCCUGAAGUACGUGUGCAAGCAGGAGGCCAAGAAGGAUGCCCAUUUCCUUUACCAGCCAAAAGAAAGAAAAAUGCGAAUGUGAUUGAGAUGCUUGAAGAGUCAGAUGGUCAUGAAAUAGUCCAAGCCCUAAGGCGAAGAGAUGGCUGCACGGCCAAGACGAGGUGCAAAAUGGUCAGGAUUCUUGUAUCAGGAUUGAUCAAACUUCAUGGAUCAAGGCCCCCAACUGAGAUCAAGACCGGCUUGGCGAAGGCAAUAGUGGAAACAUUCCCAUUUCUGCGUGAUUCUGAGGGAGAAGGCUACAUUGAAGAAGACUUCAGUGCACUAAUAGGUCAGAACAAGUCGGAUAAACUAUCAAAGAAAUGGACUAAAGAAUUGGCUGCCCAGAUCUUGCAGUACUGUGAGCUUCAAAGAAGCGGUGUUGCCCUUGGGGACGUUUUCCAAAGCCUAAAAACUGCAGAGGAUCCCCAGGUUGCCCUCCAGUGCCUCCCCCUGUUCCUGGCACCAGGGAGGAUGAGGAACACACCAGGGCGGUUUAGGAAUGCCACACACUCCGAGGCGUUGAAUGCCUUCAUUGAUCAGCAACCAGUUGGAACAAAUCUACCGAGGUACCUCGAUGAAAUCCUUGAAGAUGAGAGAAGGCAACCGUUUGUUCUUCUUCUAGGAGAGCGCUCUCGUCCCGCCCAAGCUUUCGUCAUCUUUGAGGGAAGGGCCAUGGCAGCCCCUUCCCUUUUGAAGGCCAUUGAUCUUUGCUUUAAGAUGAUAUAUGUAUUUGAUGUAGAGUAUGCGCCUCAAUGUUAUACGACAUGGGAGUUUGUGCAGAAAUAUGUCUUUGAGAUCAGUGACAAUGUAAAAGGAAAGAUGGGUACCUCCCCAUCUGUCCGUAGCCUGAGGGCUCAUCUGACCAACUCCAACUUGCCCCAGUAGAUAAUUGUAUUUGUAGGCGGGGGGCCAAAGUAGAAAAAAGUGAUUUAGGUUGCCACAUAUCUACAACAAGUUUAAACCGAAUUUAAUUGCAAGUAUUUUUAAUGAGACAACAUAAUUCAGAGGUCUACCUCAAAACAUUUGUUGCGAACACCUCCAAAUCCAAGAUGGCGUCCCAAAAAGCAGUCGUUUUUGUCUUGCUAUAUUUGUGACCAUUUAUGUGACCAUGUUAAAGACAACAUAAUUUCCUUUAAUCUGAUACCAAACACCAUGGGGUUCACGAUAUCUAACACGGUAAUUUGUUUGAUAUCAUGGGACAGUUUUUUGAAAAGUAUUGUCUCACCUGCUGAUACAGUUAUGGAUUUAUGCGUAAUUAUGUAAAUCAAUAAUUUCAUAUUUUGUGGAAAAAAUGCCUAAAAUUUGAGUUUGGGGCUAAAAAUGAUUGUGUUAGAUAUCGUAAACCCCGUGGUGUUUGAUAUCAGAUUAAAGGAAAUUAUGUUGUCUUUACUAUGCUUGCCAAAUAAUGCUGAUUCCAGGUGUCGUUUGGGAAAUCUCGCCAAUUAGAUAUCGCAAGACAAAACAACUGCUUUUUGGGACGCCAUCUUGGAUUUGGAGGUUUCGCAACAAAUUUUUUGAGGUAGACCUCUGAAUUAAUUUGUUUUAUUAAAAAUACUUGCAAUUAAAAUCAGUCUAAACUUGUAGAGAUCUGGCAACCUAAGCCAUUAAGGAAGCCACUUUUUCGACUUUGGCCCUCCGCCUAUUGCGUAAUUUCAUGAAGUUGGGGCAGUGUCCAGUAGCAUCCCCGGGGGGGGGGGGGGGGGGGGGGGGCACUCAUGUAAAAAGUCAGACGGGUAUGUGCCGCUUAAAAGAACCCCUUUUUCACACCUGAUCACAGCUCUAAAGAUACCCAAUUUUCACAAAUUGCCGCUCCAAAGACCCCCGAAAUGACUUGGCUAUGAAUUUGACUAUCGCCAAGUCCAUUAUUCUCUUCUAGUUCAGCUCCUUAGAUCACCAAUUGAGCCGUUUUUAGCAACUUUUGACUUUGUUUAGUCUUUUGGACGGGUUUCAGUAAGUAUUUGGUAACUCCAAGUCUAUGUAUUUUGUAGUUUUAGUCAGCUCCUUAGUCCCCUUAACUCCCGUUUCAGGGUUUUUGUAGCUCCAAAGACCCUAUAUUUUGUGCUUGUAGUCUGCUCUUCAGACCCCCAUUUCAGAGUUCCGUGAGGCACACCCCCGUCAAAAAAUAAUUCGAGUUAUGUUGUAGAGGGGUUAAACUGCCAUUGUUCUUUAUCAUAGGAAAAUAUAAAUUCUAAAGAAUUUCAAAGUUUGUGCAUGAGACAAUUUUCAUGUAUUCUAAUGCUUCUCUUGCUGUAUAUAUGUUUGACAUAGCAGGUCUAUGUGAAAAGGUUCAUUUUGACUGUAUAAGCAGCUGUUGUUUCUGGAAAUACUGUGAUAUGUCUUGAAUAAUAUUAUAAUUGUUUAUAAAUGUGCCAAUUACAGAUGGAGGGUGCCAGCUAGAGGCAUGUAACUUUCAGGUUGUCUGCCCAUCCAUCCCCUGUUCAUUGUUCUGAAACAUUGAACAGCUCAACUUCAUACUUGGCUCAUGUGUGCAUAUAUGGGAAGCAAGGAUGCGAGUUGAUUUAUAAUCCUGCAAUGUUUACGAAUGUGUUUGGUUAUGAGAAUGAUGAAUUAUUUACACUUUUAUUGCUCACUCUUAAAUAUUGUAGUUACUUUUUUUAUUUCGAGAAACAAUUCCUUCAUUUGAAGGCUACAAACCUUAUAUUGAGAGUAGGAAUUUGGAAUAAUAUAUACUAUCCGCAAACAAAAAAACACCCCCCCCCCCAAAAAAAAAAAAA